CGUAUGGAUAGCGACAAAUAUAAAGCUUCUGUCACGUAACACUUCCAUUGUGGAGAUACAGAACGAGAAAGCAUCGUAAAACCGUUUACUUGUCGAUACACCGGCGCUUACUGCAAAUCACUAUUUCCUGUAGAACUACUGCUUUAACGCUUAGCAUAGCCUUUCCGUAGCCACCCUGAGCUGCUUGGCCUUUCCCCUCCUCAUCCUAGCGCUGCUCACUGGCACAAUGACGGUGCUCGCGCAGCAGUGCGGGGCGUCCGGCCGCAUGCCCACGCUGUUCUGGAAUCACGGCGGCGGUCCAAUGCCGCUGCUCGGCGACCGUUCUCAGGCGUCGCUAACGCAAUACCUCAAGGGCGUCGCGGCCCGAUUGCCCAAGCCGACCGCCAUCCUUGCGGUCAGCGCGCACUGGGAGGCCGAGAAGGUCAUGGUCAGCACCUGCCCGGCACCUCCCAUGCUAUUCGACUACUAUGGCUUUCCGCCUGAGACCUAUCAGUUCAAGUACCCAGCCCCAGGCGACCCGGCGCUGGCGCAGCGCGUGCUGGGCCUGCUGGGCUCGGCGGGCAUCGCGGCGGGCGCGGACGCCAGCCGCGGGUACGACCACGGCACGUUCGUGCCGCUGAUGCUGGCUUACCCCGAGGCCCGCGUCCCAGUGGUGCAGAUGUCGGUGCUGCGAUCCAUGGAUCCGGGGGCGCACCUGGCCAUCGGUCGCGCGCUGGCGCCGCUGCGCGACGAGGGCGUGUUGAUCGUGGGCAGUGGCAUGACGUUCCACAACAUGGGGGUGCUUAUGGGAGGCAUGCGCGGCGGCGGAGGCCGCUUCAAACCCAGCGAGGCCUUCGACUCCUGGCUGACUGCCGCGUGCACGGAGGCGGUGGGGUCCAAGCGGGCCGAGCUGCUGACGGGCUGGGCCAAGGCGCCGGGCGGACGCGAGAGCCACCCGCGCGAGGAGCACUUCAUUCCGCUGCUGGUGGCGGCGGGUGCGGCGGGCGAGGAGCCGGGGCGGGUGGACUACAGCGACUGGGUAAUGGGAACCAAGAUCAGCGGGUUCGUGUUCGGCACGGCGCCGUGAUUGCUGCUGGUACUCAGCUAUCAGCAUCAUUGCAGAAUGCAUGGUUGGUUGGUUGUGCUGGGACCUGCACACGGAUACGUCUGUACGGGCCCGUCAACCUGAAGCGGUCUUGUCGUCGUGGAACCCAUUCUGCCGUGCGUGCAUGGGUGGAUGGGGCGCGGGUUCUGAUGAGAUGAGCAGGCGCUGUGGUUGCAAUGUAUGGAAGGCAUGAGACCUGAUUCGAGGAAGUGGAGCAGGAAGCUGUGUGUGAUGGAUGUGGGCAGGACGGAGUGCGGCAAGCAGGACCGGCAGCAGAUGUGUGUGCGUCGCCUAUGAUCCCUGCGAUGAUAAUGCAUGGGCGCCAGGAGGGCAAAUUGGCACGACAGCAACCAACGGGCUUUCAGGUUGUGUGUAUCAGAUAACACAUUGUACUAUGAUAUGGAGGACGUCGCCGUUGCAUAUAUUGCAAAUAUUCAUGAGUUGUGAACAAGAGUACUACAAUAGAAGCUGAGGUUGAGGUAAUGCGGUUGAGGUAAUGAGGUUAGAGAGACAUGCGUGGCGUGGCGUGGGUGCAGCCCACGUUUCUCUUGAGAGCGAGAGCAACCUUUCUCGUCAUGCAGCCAAUCAUCAAACACAACCCCGUGCACCGUCCGGAAUGCUGUAACGGAGUAUGUUA